AGGAACAUCGUUGUUAUGGUAACAACUAGUGUUCUUGAAAGUUGCUUUCGCUGGUUUAGUUAAUUAACUUGAUCUACACUCGCGUGUUUUAUGUAUGCUAAAUGAAUCAGCUUUCUUACUAGCCAAUGCAACAUAAUAAAUACAGUUAAAAUGGAGGGAGCACAAUCCGGAGGAAAUACUUACCUUAUUAGACCGAAUUAUCAGCAUAAGUUCAAACCAUCAGUCGUGAAGGAGUGUAUACGUGAUAUCCUGAGAGAACAGCUGUCUGGCGUGCUGUAUGAUCCUGAUGACAUUCCUGUUCUCUCCCGUUCAUUAGCAGACUGCAUAAAGGGCAAACUAAAAGAUGUGGGCUUUGACCGAUACAAGCUGGUAGUACAAGUGGUUAUUGGAGAGCAGCGCGGAGAGGGUGUCAGGAUGGCUGCCAGGUGUUUUUGGGACGCUGACACCGACAACUAUGCGCAGGACAUUUUCAUGAAUGACAGCUUGUUCUGUGUGGCGGCUGCUUUCGGAAUCUAUUACUACUGAGGGAAAAGAGGAGGACAAAACCGGGGACUUCGCAACAGCAUUUGCUUCUACAAGGCUCGUUUUGCACUCAUGAUUUCACAAAUGGCGUAAUUGCCUGGACAAAAGCAGUGUCACUGAACUCUAAACGAGAUUGCUUCACAUAAGUCAUCUGUCCCCCUGACAUAACGGGCUUGCCCUUACCCCUGAGAAGAUGCACUGUUGUUUCUCUGUGCGGAGAAGUUAAUUGCAGUAGAAUCCUCCCAGCAGAGCACAGGAAUAUGACCCUGUAAGGCAGGCCCUGUUUUAUUCAUACUUCUGUCAGGCCAGCUGAGGAGAAACAUGCAUAACCUGUACAUGUUGCGGUAACGUUGUAAACACAGUCUGCCAGUGUUUCUGAUGAACUGGUUAUAUCUUCCUGUCAGUUUAUUAAAUUGAAUUAAAACAC